GUGGUGUUGGGAGAAUGCUUUGUGCUCUGUUGAGGAAGGAGAAAGAAACUUUGCACCAGAAUUAAACUAACUCAUGUUUUACUCAGUUAUGAAACCAUCUUAUUUAUUCAUUCAUUCAUUCGUUUGUUUGUUUGUGUUUGUUUGUUUAUUUAUUCAUUCGCCAUGUAUUUUUAUAUGAUAUGUGACUUGUGUAAAUAAAGUGUUGUAAAAGGUUUUUUAAAAAAAAGCCCCCCCUCACUGUGAGGAUGUGGUAAAGCUUUAACACACACCUCUGCUCUGUCAGUCAGUCAGCCAUUAGAAGGACAAGAUGGGGCUCGGUCCACUGCCUGUGAUGCUCUUGCUGAUUUCACUCAUACCAGUGGUACAGGCUCAAGGGAGUCCUAAAGCUGUGGUGUCCAUAAAGCCUGAUACACAUGUGUUCACUGGAGAGACUGUUACUCUCAGAUGUGACAUACAGGGAGGAGGAGACACUCAGUGGACUUACAGCUGGAAUAAAGAUAAUAAACUCUAUUCAAAUGGAAAUAAGAGAGAUUUCAUAGACAACAAAAUGCAAAUGUUAGAAAUCUGGUAUGUUGAAGACUCUGACAGUGGAACCUACACCUGCAGAGGACAUGGGGGAUACAAUCAGAGCUCAGUGAUCAGUGAUGAUGUUACACUGACUGCAUCAGGUGAGUCUGUGUGUUUUUAUUUCUUAUUUAAUAUCUUCACAUUAUUUUUAGGGUUCAGAUUUUGAGUUGUCAGAAACUGAGUCCCUGUUUAAUUAAUAUUGACUUUUACUUCCUUGUCUAGUAAACACCAAUUUAUAAGUAAUUAGAAUUAGAAGGUUUUAUCUGUGAAUUCUGUAAUUGAGAGAUUUUUAUCAUCAUCAUCCACAUCAGUCUCUGUCUCAUCACAGAAAUCCCUCACAAUGUUUAAACACAAGCCUC